AUGACGUAGGCGUCAAAGGAAAAAAGGUAACUUUCGGUCAUUUCUGGUUCAGACAAGGACCGGACGGACGCCUUGUGUACCGCUGCCGCCGGCGAGCCGAAUCUGUGGGGGCAUUGGACCAGAAACCUUCAUUCUGCGCCUGUGAGACCUUGUGGAAAAUCUGUCUGCGGUCCUUUCCUGUGCCAGGAGAAAGGUCCAGUCGCGGUUGAUAAACCAAGGUCUGCUUUUCAGUUCCCUUCUAAACGCACCCAGAGAGCAUCAUGGGCGCCCAGUCAGACUCAACCCUCAAGUCAAUCCUCCUCUUUCCAGUCCACCUUGUGAUCUGGCUGUACUCCCUCAUAUCCUUCUUGCCCUGGUACUUCAUCACCGGAGCCGGCCAAAAAAGGACGCAGUCUGCGAGAAUGAAGGCCCGCUCCACCACAGGGUCCCCAGAGGGGCCGUACCGCUCUGUGGACCACUUUGAUUCCCUGGCCACAGAGGACUUCCAAGGGAAGGACACGCUGGACAAGUUGUUCAAGCAUGCAGUGAAGCGCUUCGGACCAGCCGAUUGUCUCGGCACCAGGGAGGUGCUGAGCGAAGAGAACGAGAUCCAGCCCAACGGCAAAGUGUUUAAAAAGCUGAUACUGGGAGAGUACAGGUGGCUGUCCUACAACGAGCUGGACUCUGUAGCGAGCGAGUUUGGCAACGGACUGGCAGCUCUGGGACAGCAGCCCAAAAACACCAUCGCCAUUUUCUGCGAAACCAGAGCGGAGUGGAUGAUAACUGCUCAGGCAUGCUUCAGGCACAACUUCCCAUUGGUGACGUUCUACGCCACGCUGGGAGAAGAUGCAAUUGCAUAUGGACUGAACGAAACUGGAGUCACUCACUUGGUCACCAGCAUGGAGCUGCUUGAAAGCAAACUUAAAAAAGUACUACCGCAGAUCUCCAAACUGAAGCACAUCAUCUAUGUGGACCAGAAGAAGGUGAACACAGAAGGCUACCCAGAAGGACUUUCCAUCCACAGCAUGCAGGCGGUGCGGGACCUGGGCGUCCUGCCGGAGAACGCGGAGAGAGAAAUUGUGACGCCGCAGCCCUCCGAUCUGGCCGUGGUGAUGUACACCAGCGGUUCCACAGGCAGACCCAAAGGGGUCAUGAUAGUCCACAGCAACCUGAUCGCGGGGAUGACAGGCCAGUGUGAACGCAUCCCUGGACUUGGACCUGAUGACACUUACAUCGCGUAUCUGCCCCUGGCUCAUGUUCUGGAAAUGACAGCGGAAAUCUCUUGUGUAACAUACGGCUGCCGGAUUGGUUACUCAUCCCCCCAGACUUUGUCAGAUCAGUCCACCAGAAUAAAGAAAGGAAGUAAAGGAGACUCCUCUGUCCUCAAACCCACUCUGAUGGCAGCGGUGCCGGAAAUCAUGGAUCGGAUCAACAAGAACGUAAUGAGCAAAGUGCAGGAAAUGAGCUACCUUCAGAAGACACUGUUUACUCUGGGCUACAAAUACAAACUGGAGCAGGUCAAGAGGGGCCAUGACGCACCUCUCUGCAACAUGUUGCUGUUCCGGAAAGUGAAGAAACUGCUGGGCGGGCGAGUGAGGAUGAUGCUGUCCGGCGGAGCUCCCCUGUCCUCGGCCACUCAGAGGUUUAUGAACGUGUGCUUCUGUUGUCCGGUGGGCCAGGGCUACGGCCUCACCGAAACCUGUGGAGCCGGCACCAUCACGGAAGUCGCAGACAUCAGCACCGGCCGUGUUGGAGCUCCGCUGAUUUGCUGUGAGAUCAAGCUCAGAGACUGGGCUGAAGGGGGCUACACCAGCAAAGACAAGCCACAUCCAAGAGGGGAAAUCCUAAUUGGCGGUCCCAACGUUACCAUGGGUUACUUCAGGCAAGACGGCAACGAUCAGGACUACUUUACUGACGAGAACGGUCAGAGGUGGUUCUGCACCGGAGACAUUGGAGAGGUUUACCCGGAUGGCUGUCUGAUGAUUGUAGAUCGCAAAAAAGAUUUGGUGAAGCUGCAGGCGGGGGAGUACGUGUCUCUCGGUAAAGUGGAAUCUGCUCUGAAAACCUGCGCUUUCAUCGACAACAUCUGCGCUUACGCCAACAGUGAGCAGAACUACGUGAUCAGCUUUGUGGUUCCUAACCAGAAAAAGUUGACGGAGCUGGCCAAGCAGAGAGGCAUCGGGGGAAAGUGGGAGGAAAUCUGCAACCACCCGGAAAUGGAAAAAGAAGUUCUGAGGGAGAUCACGGAGGCCGCAGCUAAAAUUAAACUCCAGCGGUUUGAAGUUCCGGUAAAGGUGCAUUUGAGUCCCGAGCCGUGGACCCCAGAGACCGGUCUGGUCACAGACGCGUUCAAGCUGAAGAGGAAAGAGCUGAAGAACCACUAUCUCAACGAUAUAGAAAGAAUGUAUGGGAGGAAAUAGACAUGUUUAAAUACCACAAUAGUCAAUAUUUGUUCCUGUAAAUAGUUAGCCUAGCUUUGCCAGACCAAUGCACAAAGGGAAACGAAUCUGGAAGAGUUCACCUUUCGGUUUGCAGGAAAUAUCCCCAGUCCCAAACAUCUGAUAAAAACGUGCGCUACUGCAGGCUACCGUGUUCCAAAAUGAUUUCCGUCCAUCUCUUUCUGACGCAUUAGGAGAUUCAAGGUUCUGUGGGGGGGUUCCAUGUCGGAAGCAGCCAUGUUGGUUGUUUAGCAAAGUGCCUGAAAGGCUCUGUUCUGCACACUUUGGUUCGGUUUUCUACCCAGUUUCAAGCUGCUGGCGUACCACAGGACUUAAGAGGAAAGGAAUAAUCUGGACCUGUACAUAGUCGUUGCUGUCGAUCCAUAUGUGCUGCUUUUUAUUUAUGAGUGUAGGAUCUACGGCUGUCUUAAGAGAUGCACUGAAGUAGCGGGUCUAAUUUCAUCAAAAGGGUCAGAGACUUUCACAGCACUAUACUGCCAUCUGCUUAAAUCUACCGCCAUCUGGGGUUUAGGUGAUAAAAAAAACCCCCACUGUUGUCCAUAUGUUUUAAUUAAUCGCUGUGAUUUCCAAUACAAAUAUUAACUAAGGUCAUCCUCGAAGAGGCUUAGUGUGCGCUUUUGUACAACUGGAGUAUUGCCGUUACUGUGCCUUCAGUCUGCAGUACUUGUGUGGUAGAACUGUAGGAAGAGCCAAAUAUGAAAAAAAAAAAAAAAAACAAUGUUUCAAAAACAAUUUUACUGCCAUGUUAAGUUUACAUAUUUAUUGAAUAUUAUGCCCAGUUAGAGAUAAACAGACAAUGAUCAUUGUUGUUUUUUUUUGUUGGGUUGUUUUUUGUUUUUUUUUAACGCAAAUGAUCACGUCUGCUUAUCUUGUUUUGUUUGGGGGGUUUUUGUCCUUUUUUUGGUCAACUACUGUUGCUUCUUUUUGUAAAGACCAAAAUAUGUAAACAAGGUCACUCAGGAAGACAAGUAAAUAUAAUAAAGCGUGAAAUGAAUUGUCAAAUGAGCGGGUUUUGCUUCCAUAGGAACAUUGAAAUGACAAAAUUCUUGUGGGCACCUAAUUUAUUUAAGAGCUAAUGUGCUUAACAUGAAGACACUUCUUGGCAAUAGUCCCAACUGGCCUACUGUAAUAGUCUGUGUGUCGUAACAGUUCAAUAUAUACACUUGGUAUGAAGCGGAUCAGAAGUCUUGUUUCACUUCAUCGGAGUGUUUUUCUACGUAUUUUACCAAUUAUUGUUGUAUUGACGGGUUUUCGUCGUUGGGACUUUAAGACGAUGGCAAAUACUUUCCAGAUGUUUGUUAGGCCAACUUACAUUUGUUAUUCCAAUCAUGACCACAUUGUGUGUGUUCAGCAUUUCAGAAAUAAACACUUUUUUUUUUCA